AACGAGAAACCCAAAAAUAGCAGCUGUCUCUGCAUAAUUGGAACAAAUGGAAGUUGGAUAUGCGGCAGAAAAUAAAACAAGAAAACAACUUGGAUGUAACUCGACACUUGCUGACAGUUACAAUAAUCUGGGGAGAGCCGUGCCACAGGCAAGCUGUUGUUUGUAGCCGGGCAGCUUAUAGUUUCUGUCAAACUGGUGCUGAUCUUGGAGGGUCGCAAUUAUGUGCCCCCUACUAUUCCUCUUCCAUCCCUUCCUGCUGCCAUCUUCCCCUACUCCUUUAAAACCCCUAAGCAGCAUUUAAUUGUGAAGGGCUGAGCCGGGGAAGGAGUAAUCAGAUGAGAAUGGAGGCAGGGGGAAUCACGUGUGUAUACACUGGCUAACAGAGGAUUAAUAACAGUGGCGUCUUGAUUGAAGUUCAGCAGCUCUCCCUGGCAAAUGGGAGGUGGGGAUGAUGGGGAGAGAGAGUGCGACAGAAAGGGGAGGAAAAGAGAGUAAAAAAAGAGUUGCAAAGACAGAGGACGUACAGGGUUCUCAGAUGAGAGCAGAGAGUUACAGGCAAAAGAGACAGAAAUGGGGAGAGAAGAGGGAAAUAGAGAAAGGGAGUUAGAGCAGUGAGAGGGAGUGGGAGGAAGAAAGAGCGAGGAUAGGAGGCAGUGCAGCGCAGUGUGGAGGGGGGGAGGGGGGGAGAGAGAGAGAUGUAGAGACAGGAAGCCUCCACUGCUACUGAGCUAGUGAGACGCAGGCAGGCAGAGAGAGAAGACGGAGAGAGAGAGAGAGAGAGAGAGGCCCUUGGCAUCUCCAAGGCCAGCCCAAUGAGGGGGUGAGGGGCUCAAGUGCAAUACAAAAGGGAGGAUAGUGGGAGGAGAAGCAGAAACGGAGGGGGAAAAAGAAGAGGGAAAAAGGCAGGGAGAUAAAAUCAGAAACAGGCUUUAGCAGGGAAAGGGGAGUGGGUGGGUGGGAUCUGAGAUGAGGAGGGAAAAAAGCAGAUAAAAGUUUUGGAGACAGAGUCAGAGAGAGAGAGGGAAAGGGAAAAGAGACUAAAGAUAGAGCGGAUUGAGUCUGUUAAUGGAAAAGGUAGGAGGGGAUUCAUGGAAAAAGAGGAGGAAGCGCUCUGUGUCUCAGGAGUCCUCCUGUUCCUCUUCUGCUUCUUCUUCUUUCUGUGAGGCUGCUGGACAUCAUCCAUCACCAUGUUCUCUGACAGCAGGACUCCAGCGCCUGGGGAGCAGAAAGGCUUCAAGCCCCACGCCCCUCACUUCAUCCCGUGGCUGCGCAAUAGUCUUAAGCCCCACCACAGCAGUGACCUGGGGCUCAAUGGACCAUACAAAUCCAGCUCAGAGGCCUGCAACAACCUGACCCCGCUGGAGAGAGCCAAAGGGAUCGGGUUCUUCUCUAUCCAGGGAAGGGACCGGGCAAAGAAGGGGGAGGUUCGGUGUAAUGGCGUAGGGAUGGCGAGAAUGCUUCCAGUGGUGCUGCGUGGGCACCAUAUCCUGCCUGGGAGUCUGAGGAAGCAGAGGGAGGACAGUCCUGCCAGGUGGAACCAGUCUCCAGAGCUGGACCCACCCACCAACACGCAGAGCAGUCCAGGGGACGGGCCGCAUGGUCUGAGCAACAGCUCCACCUCUGCCCAGGACAACCACACCUUUGUUAGGAAACACGGCAGCCACCUGAGCCCCCUUCAGUCGCAGAAUGACGGGACUAGCACCUCAGUCAGGAAAUAUGGGCCACUAGUGAGACCCCCUCCUCUUCCUGUUUCUGGACUGCUCAUUGAGGAGCCAAACUGUAAGGUGCCUGUUGUGGUGGACAUUGAGGACAGGAGGGGGAAGGUGUGGGACUACGCCAGCAGUACAACCUACCGCAAGAGAGACCUCCAUUCAUCCAGCUGGGUGUGCUCAGACACUCAGGGACUAACAGAAAGGCAGCAUGGCUUCCCCACCAGCUUCAGCUACAACAAACAACAGAGCAGGAACUCCCAGAGCCAGAGAGACCUGAGGGAACCACUUGUUGAGGGUUUCAACGGGCCCCUAAAUGGAGUCAUCUUCUCCACUGAGGUUCCUCAGAGAGGCCUGGGCUGCACCACAACACUACGACACCCCAGGAAAGCUAGACCAAGCUUGGAGCGUAUCGCGGCCCUGGGCCAGAAUCAGACAUGGGUCCAAUACAGGUCGACCAUUGAAGGGGAGCCACAGAGGAAGGAAUCAGGCUGCAGCAGGAAGGUUGUUCGAAACCAGAUUAAACGGGUGGUGGACAACCUGGAGCAUGUUCUUACAGCGCUGAGGGACGUUCACCAGGAAAUGAAAGAGGUGGUGCAGCAGAUUGACCAUCUAACCUCAUCCAUUGAUCUGAAUGUGGAGAAGCAGCAGGGGAAUGAAAGAGGUGACAGCGCCAACCCUCCCAGCGACAGCAGCUCCAGUUCAGGUUCCAGCUCCAGUAAAGUGACGUUAGGCAGCACCCAUCAAUGGCCGUCAGAGCCUGGAGACCAGCCAGGAACCACAGACUCAUUUGACACCCUCAGGAGAGAUCAUCACAAGUGUCACUUUCCACCAAAUGUGCUGCUAUGCCCGGUAACCUCUGGGUUUUCAUCAGAGAGGAGUCAAACUCAUCGGUUCACCUGCAGCCUGCUGUCUUCUCACAGACAAGGUGGGCCGCUCCAGUACAACAAUAGUCUCCCUUUAUCCAAUCCCCCUCAAAACCUCACCUCCCAUGAUCUUACUUUGUCUCCCCGAAGAAGCCUCCCUGUUCGGCCUCCCACUCCUGGUCUCUCCCCUCUAACAGUAAACCUCCAUCACCCCAACAGCCCUGGUUCUCAGCCUCACUCCCCUGGUCCUUCCUCCUCCAUCAGGGUCAGCCCUGUGUCCUCUCUGUCUGCAAAGCCUCAGCCACCCCCCACUCUUAGCCCUUCUGUCAUCAUAGAGAACAAGGUUGGGUCUUAUCAGACCCCACAAAGUGACCACCCAUCUGCCAGUUUGCUCUCUCAAUCAUCAACCCAGCCUCCGUCUGCCAGCUGCCCACCCAUCAACUCAGAAACUCAAACUGUGUCCAACACUGACAGAGAGAGGCGAUCAUCCUCAGUAGGACCCGUUCACAGACCUUCACAGGUGUGCUCUGCCCCUGCAGCCACAGCUAAACCACCAACAGCACAAGGCUGCAGGGGUCGCAAGCCUCCUCCGUACCCCCACCACAGACCCUCUGAACACACAAAGAAGGUGAAGGAACCCCGCAAAGCUCCUCCAUACCCUGAGAAAAGAAGGCUUCUCUCGACCACAGUGUGAGACAAUGCAGCAGGAGGGGAGGCUGAUCGAACAGAGCCACAUUCACAGCACCAGCUGCAAGAGUGGAGAGUGAUUUAAGGCUCGCUAAGAUGAGCUGAGACCAAGUUUCCAAGGUGACAGGAUACAAACGCAACUUGGGCAUCUGGAUGUGGUUACUUCCUGUUGUGACCCCAGAGGGAGGACGGUGACAAAGGGACACACUAACGUUCCCAGAUGAGUGUUUACUCAACUCCAGAGGAUCGUCGCUAGACAGAUGAGAGGAUCCAAACCCAGACCAAACAAGGUACGAAUCUCAGUGAGUAAUCCGACCACAGAAUCAAAUCAGUAAAAUCCUCAAAUCUGAAAUCAAUCCCCAGAACUCAUCUUCUGUAGAUCUAAGAAGAUCGGAUCAAUGUGAGGAAUAUAAAGGCAAUCCUACUCGGUACAUAAGGGAGCAUGUACUUCUGAAACCUGCACAAUAUCCUCGCUGAUCCGUGCCACUGAAGGAUGACAGCAGACAGUUGAAGAAAGGCCCAGGAAUAUGUGAUGGCAGCUCCUGCACGACCUUAAAUAUAUAUAUUUUUGGGGGUAAAUCUCAAACAGUGUAAUUGUGAAGUCAUUGAAAUAUCCUGAAAUUAGAAAAGACAAAUAAGUAAACGGUUGUAUCUUCUACUUUGGGUGCCUUAUUAAAAUGAUCAAGAUUAAAUAAUAAUCAUUUAUACCAUAUAUCAUAUUUUCUCAACAAUAAAUUCACAUUGACACCGUUUAGGAUUUAUCCAAAAAAUAACCUUCAGUGUAUUCUGUACAUCUUUCUCUUAAUUUAUGUUAUGAAGCUGUUAUCUGAUCUAUUACAGGUAUCCCUUCUGGCCAAAAACACAAACAUAACAAAAAAGUGAUCACAAGUGGUACAGAUUGAUGAUUUAGGGGAUAAAAUGUGUGCUUACAGUUAUCAAGAACGCAUCAAUAUAAACAGACAGAGAGCGAGGAGCUCAGCUCAGAACAGGACCAGAUUGAGGAAAAUGUAAUUGUUUAUGUGCGUGCGUGACGCUAUUGGAGAUUAUUCACUUUCCUCUCAGGAUUAUAUGAGAUGGUUAAAUCCCUCCCUACUCUAAAUGUGUUAUCUAUACUCUACAAGCCCCCAGACACCAGUCCUCUAUACAUUUACAAAUGUCCUCAGUGGAUCAGAACAGAUUUGCUCUCUGUAAAUCUUAUAGCCUCAGAAACUAAGAAACAACUAUGGAAGCACUUUAUCUUAUGGCAGAAUUUUAUCUGGGACAUUACAUAGUAAAAAAAGAAAAAAAAAGAAUACUAAACUGAUGCCUUUCUGUAUUUUUAACAGCAUUUUCAAAUCCAUUACAAAAAUAUACCAGGUAAUUUGUGUACUGAAACACAAAGUGCUAUAUCAGUAUCAUCCCACUUAAAUUUUAAGUUGUUACACCCACAAAUCCAUCCUUCAUUGACUACUGAGCGGAACACAGAAGUCCAACUCAGGGCUCAAAACAUGACCAAAACCAAGUCAGACUUCUGACCAAUUACAGCUCAUCGUGUCGUGUCCGUCCAAUGGCAGUCAGUUUGGAGAGUUGAGCGUUAAACUUUCCAUCUCUGUGGGUCACUGGGGGUCAGAGAGGAGAGCAAAUUACUGUCACAGAAAAUAUUAAAACAAAAACAAGGACACAGAGCGUCACUGAUGCAAAGCACCUGAAACCAGCCAGUAUCAUCUAACUGCAGAGCCAGCAGCUUGAGACCUACAGGUCUAGUACAACCUGCACUGCCUGUUGGCAAGAAAAGUAUAAGCAGCAGCAGAUCAGAUCUGUAGAUGUAGGUGUGUGGCAUCUACUGGUAAGGAAAGUAAUAGCUGCUGCAAUUUUUACACUAGUGCCACCUACAAAACAAUGCGUGUUACAACUGCUACCUCAUCUCGUUCUUCGAACAGUAGGUGCUGCUUGUGGUUUUAUAUUUGACAUAUAAAACCUAACAAAUGUAAUAGUUUUGUUCACUAGAACAUAUUUUCUGCUGAAUAAGGAAGCCCUUAGUGUUGAUGCCUCCUGCUGUUUUCCAGAUUACUUUGAACAAAAGGGGUGGUUCAUUGCUCAUUGUCGACCUAAAGAAACCGGUGUGGGAUGCCGGAGAAAAACAAUGAACUUAAGUGUUACUGUAUUAAUUCAUAUAAACUGAACUGUUUAAGGGUCUGAACAUGUGAAGUUCAGUGAAUGAAUGAACUAAAGAGAUAAACAGUAAAUUUGUUUGCAAAAUCGUCCAAAUAUUUUGCAUUUUACAGCCCCAAGUUGAACUGUGUUUAUAUCUACAUUAUCUACUGGAGGUGAGGGUGGUACAGUAAUGUCAUACAUUUGUAUCAAUUAUUUAUAACUUAGUUUUUGCGUUGCGGAGCAAUUUUUAUACAAAUUAAUGGCUGCCACCUUGGAUUAAGUCUUUAAUACACAUGCAGUAAAACCUCAAACAAAAAGCUAUCAGCAUCUAUAACAAUCUGCAGUUGCUAACAUUGCAAAAACUACCACUUGUUUUGCCUGUAGGUGGCAACAUCUACAGGCAUCUGCAGGUCGAAACUACAGUGACUUUUCUUUCCUGUAGGGGGUGCAGGGCAUGUUGGCAUGUUGGCAUGUGUAGAACUGCUCUGUUAGUGACUGAACAGCUCCCCCUUAUCUGCAGCCUGCUAAAUGUGAACAUAUAAGCUUGGCACGGAGCCAGAACAGGAGGAGGAAACAUGUGCUCUCACUAAUGACAGAGUGUCAGGACUGCCCUUGGUGGGGGAAGGAGGCGUGUCAAGGUGUGCUUCACUUCAGCGACGACCACAUCAGACACGGCAGACCUCCGCUAAGUGACUGAGCUCAGGAAGAGUCCAGAGACAUUAACCUUCCAUGAAACAUUAUGUGCAAAGACACGGCGGGUUUGCCUUCCAGGAGAAAUAAAGCUUUUCUGUUACUUU